GGUGAUAUACAUCUAGACCCAGGGAAACACCUCUUCCUGGUCUACCUUUCUUCCUGUGAAUGUACCUGCGAAGCUUAUGCUCUCUCCCAGUGCCAUACGUGAUUAUACAUAAAACGGGUUGAUGGAGGAAGCUACAGCCUCAUCAUCUUCUGCACUAUACCACGAUGAAGAUGAUUUCUGCUGUCCCAUUUGUCAGGAGACCUUCCAAACUCCAGUGAGAACUGAGAGCUGUCGGCAUGUUUUUUGCAGAAAAUGCUUUAUGUCGGCUGUGAAAGCAAGCGGAGCACGCUGUCCUCUUUGCCGCGGGGCCAUAUGUAGAAGGGAGAGAUCUGCACCAACAAGGGCAUCGGACAUCGAGGUAGAAAUGAGAACACACUCAGCUGGGUGUAUGUACUGCGGAAAGCAAGUGAAACUGUCCUGCAUGCGGCUUCAUUACAAGUCCUGCAAAAGUUACCAGGAAGAAUAUGGGAUUGGCCCCAAAGAACCCAGAGGGGAGAACACCGCCGCUGCUUGUGCAACAAAGCCGAUGGAAACGACAUACAACUGCCCUCUGUGUCCACAGCAGAACCUGAACAGACAAGCUUUGCUUGAUCAUUGUAUCUUUAUGCAUUAUUUUGAAGAUGGGGAAGCGGUGUGCCCAAUCUGUUGCACUCUGCCAUGGGGAAAUCCAGGUCAAGUAACUGCGAAUAUUGUUGCUCAUCUUAAUUCUCGCCAUCAGUUCAGCUAUGAAGAGUUUGCGAAUGUUUAUCUUGAUGAAGACACUCAAUACCAAGCUGCAAUUGAAAAAUCCUGUUUUGCUUGACUGCAAAGUAUACAAUAAGCAUUAAACUGACUUCUUUUUUUUUUUUUUUUUAUGUAUGUC